AUGUGGCGCUCCGGGGCAUGGCUAGCACUGGGCGCCAUAUGCAUCGGUCGCGUCUGCUCUUAUACUGGUGAUCCCUACGGCGAUGGUGCCGAGUUUACUGGUGAUGGUGGCGGUGGAUUCGGGAACGGAGGCGAUGGGAGUUACGGAGAUGCAGGUCAAUCUGGGGACGGCAGCUGGGGCAGCGCUUCCUCAUGGGAUGGAGAAUCAGGCUUCGAUGGGGCCCAGGGCGGAGACGGCUCGCAGGCCGGAGAUGGGCAGGACGGCGACGGCUCACAGGGUGGUGACGGUUCGCAAGGCAGUUACGGCUCGCAAGGCGGCUACGGGUCGCCGCCCAGCCAGGGGCAGGGGUCACUGGGCGGCCAUGCACAAGAUACCGGCAGCAGCAAGCAUGGCAGUGCUGAAACCCUUGCACCGACCACUGCUGAGCCCACCUCGCCACCGGCCCCAGCACCUCCAGCCCAAGAGCCAGGAGUCGUCCCGCCUCCACGGCCCACGACUACGACCGCCGAACCUGAAACUGGUGCUUGGACAAAGUCGACCACCAUGAACCACGUCCACGGAGAGACGACCUACAGACUCGGAGGCUUGAAGACUCUCUAUGAAGUCAGGAAAGAGCUUCAGGGCCAGGAGAUGCAGCAGAACCUGAAGACGAAGCCUUGGAAAGAUCCUCAGGUAGAGGAGCAGGAGCAAUGCAUUCCGCGGUUUCAAGUGAGGAAGGACCCACCAGCGAUCUCCACUGAACUGAACGGUGUAGAACUGCCAGAGACUUGCUUUCUCAACGAUGCGAAAGGCCUGCACCACAUUUUCGUGAUCGGAGACUGGGGCGGCGUUAUCGACUUCUUCGACAAGAACGUGAAUCCAUGGGAGGUUCACUCGCCCAAGACAGCGGACCACACAAGCAAGGUCUUUGCGUCCCACCAUCGGAAGAAGGUGAAUUCUUCCGACGACUGGGCCCAGUUCAACGUCAGCAGGUGGAUGUGCUACUACGCCAAGAAGUGGGAUCCAGACUUUGUUGUCAACCUUGGAGACAACUUCUAUUGGGGUGGCGUGAACGUGCAGUGCGGAGCGCCAAUGGACAAAGUCGCGGAUCCGGGUUUCCAGUGGAGCAACAUCUAUGAGAUUAUGUACAAGUGCGACGGCCUGGACGGAAAGCAGUGGCUUGGGGUGUUGGGAAACCACGACUACGGUGGUUUCAUGUUCACCAACGGCUGGGACCAGGUGAUUGCAUACACUUGGUCGAAGCUGAAGUUCAGCACCGGUCGAUGGCUACAGCCGGCCUUGUACUACAAGUGCCCUGUAAAGUUCAACGACUUCGCCAUGGACUUCUUCUUCGUCGAUUCGAACCUCUUCGAUGCCAACGAUUAUCACGACGUCAGCGGCCACAACAUCUGCUCAGGUCUCCACAACUACCCCUCUGCCACCUGUGGUCUUUCCGGCCCUGUAUCUCUGGAGCAGUGCUCGGAGUGGUUCAAGAACCUCUGGGAUGCCGAGGUCCAGUGGCUCGAAGAGGGCCUGGGCUCGUCCAUGGCAGACUGGCAGAUCAUCGCCACUCAUUUCCCGCCCGAGCAUGGCGUCGACGAGUGGCGACGUCUCUCCAAGAAUUAUGGUGUGGACCUGCUCUUGACCGCUCACCGACACGUACAAGAGGUGCACGUGGAUGACGAAGCCAACCUGCUGAAACCGACAGCCUUCGUGGUGAGUGGCGGGGGCGGCGGCAUCACAUCUGAGGCCGUUCCUUCCGAGAACGGCGAGGACGACCAGUAUGGUUUCAUGGACCUGACGGUCUCGAAGCAUGAGAUCAAGAUCACAGCGGUGUCCCAUGGCGGGCAAAUCCGGAAUGUCAAGUGCCUGACACAGCGGCUGCCAGGCGACGACUUUACACAGGAGCUGACAGAGGGGUCUCUGUGCGACAAUGCGCCUCAGGGACUUCAGAAGCCACCCAAUCCGAACAUCGCACCGGUAGUGACUGACAUCCACUGGUGA